AUGAGUUCUAGUCCAUCUCGUGGAGUGCCACCGCCUCCACCAUUACCGCCGUCUGCACGGCCAAUGUCUACCACAGAAUCGAGAAGAACCAUUCCUGCACCUCCGCCUCCUUCACGCUCUCCUCUUGUCCGCAUGUCCACUAUUCCAGUUCAGCCCUCAUAUCAGACACUCGACAUCAGUUUUCCUGAACCUCCUCAAACAGAGGCAGGCAAAUGGACGUUUCAUUCGCAACGUGAAUUUCCUCCACCUCCUCCCUUUGAGAAAAAACUUAGACGCUACCCCACAGGAGCCGAAACAGGAUGUUCGAUCGCUAUUGAUCUGUCUCACUUGCAAGCUUACAGAUAG